CCUCUGGGCAGGAGGCGCAGCUCUCCGCAUGCUGUUGCUAGGAUACAGGGCACCACAGUGUAUCUCAAGAUCAAGAUAUAUUGUAGCAAGUAGUCGGGUCAGUUCACUUCGUGAAACGCGUAAUUAACACAUGAAAAGUUGUUUUCGAUAAAUGGAUCUCACAAGCAGACAAGAUGACUGCAGCAUCAUAUAAAUUUGAUGAUGGCCAGACUCAAAGCAAUCCUAUCAAAUGUUUCCCACCCUGGACAUUACCCCGUCGAAGGAAGGAAGGUGCUGGUCAUUGGCUUGUGUCUUACAGAAAGGCAGAGGAGCAGAGAUACAGGGAUGUGCAUAGAAGAAUUAAAGAAUUUGAGAACAGGGGGGCUGAUUUUCCAUAUGGUAACACAUUAGAUGGACUCUACUUGCUCAAAUUACAUUGUGUGGACAAGCCGUCUGAGCUCUGCUUUGUUGACAUCAGUGAGCAGAAACUGAAUGCUGUCAAGGCAGAAGACCUCAAGGUGUUUGACAAUGUUGCUUACAUCAAUGCAUCUAUUAACUCCCUCUCUUUAGGUUCUUUAAGCAGUUUUGUGUCUGUAAGAGAAGUCAAUCUGGCAUUAAACGGACUUUGCAACAUGAAGUUUGAUGCUGCAGACUUCCCUCAUCUCGAGGUUUUGGAUUUGUCCUACAACAGUUUGUCAGCUGAUGAUAUUGUUUCUAUUGGUCGGCUUUCACGUCUAACCGUCCUUCAUCUGACUGGAAAUCAGCUUCACCAUCUUCCUCCUAAUCUGGGUUCCUCCAGCCAUGACCCAACUCAGCCAGCUAAAGAAGAAGACACACAGUUUAAAGCACUUGAAGUCCUGAUGCUUGACGAUAACAAACUGUCGUCUGGAGUCUUCAACAGUCUUGCAAACCUCAAGAGGCUAAAGUAUUUAAACCUGCAGGAGAACCACAUUUCUGAUAUACCAUAUUUGCAACUUGCGGGCUGUUCCCAACCUUUGCAGACUUCUAUUGAAGCGCAAGCUAAAGAAGAGGAACUUGCCCACACUGAGACAAAUCCGAACACCAUUGAACAUAUCAAGAGAAUCUCACAGGUAAUUCAUUACAGUUGGUGUUUGAGAUGUUUCAUCACGUUGUUUCCCGUAUUUCAAAUCUCUGCAUCGGUCACCCUAUACAUCUCUCACAAGGAAAAUUGUGAGGAGCACUGCAAAAGAUCCAGUUUCCCACUACCAGAGCUUCAGUUCCUCAAUUUAGCCAACAACAAGAUUGCAGAGGAGGAAGCACUGAUGGCUGUCGCUCUUUUCCCGAUGCUUCGAGAAAUUGACAUUCACUCCAACCCUCUGAUCACACAGAGAAGUGGAGACCUUCCCUUACUGACCUAUUACCUCCAUGAGAGACUGGGGAUUACGAUUAAGCAUAAGAAGACACAGGAGGCGGUGAAGCUCCCACUGAAGGUGUCCGCUGAUCCAAAAUGGAAGGUGGAAGAAAGAAUCCCAAAGAAGCCAAUGUUGAUGGAUGCACCCUGUCCUGCUCAAAGUCAGGUUGAGAAAAGUAAGAUGACUGUCAAGAGAACACCAAAAUCUGAGGGCGAGAAUAGCCGAGACGGCACCCUCCAAGAAAACACAGAGCACUUCUUUGUAACUCAGGCAACAGAUGUUCCUCAAUUUGAGUUUGAUCUUCAAGCUGAUGAGAAAGAGAUUGCGGAGAACAAGUACGAUGCCAAUUCUGAAAGAUUCACAUGCUACAAAAUGUUGAUGGAUGCGAAACCAGAUCCUGAUGAUGUGGUGGAGCCCAUCGGAAUCCAAACAGCUGUUCGGAUGCUGGAACACACACUGAAGAAUCUAAACGUUUACAGAGACUCAAAACCAAAACUUGAUAGCAUUCAGACGGCAUACAGAGAAAGAGAGAAAAGGAUUAAAGAACUUCCACCUUUGAAGCCAAUAAAGCAGCCAACUGCAAGGGUUGAUGAAAUGAUCAAGGAAAUUAAAGAGCAUACAACGAUCAGAGAAGUCCCCUUAAGCAGUGCCAUACACGGCACAGGUGUUAGCAAGCAAGAGCAUAAGGAAGCUCUGUCGCUGCUGAGGGACAUGAAGACAAAGCACAAGAUGGUCCAUAAGAAAACAAUGGAACAAGAAGCCAGCAUGGAGUCUGACAGAAACACCAACCAAAACACAGCUGCACCUCCACCUGCGCAGAUGAUCUAAUUUAUAUGCAAGCGCUUAGCUAAACUGUGAUUUUCUACCUGCCAUAACACCUUGUUGAUGUUGGCAUACAAAUGGUGUGAGUGUAAUUGAUGAGAAAACCAACCAUGUCAAAAAUAAAAGUGGUGGUUGCAUGUC